AUGGAUGUAAACAAGCAAAUAGAGAUAUUAAAAAAGGAACAUGAAGCCGCAAUUGAUAAAUUUGAUUUUGAUAAGGCAGAGUCUAUUUCAAUUCAGAUACAGAAGCUUCAAAAAGCCAUUACAAAUUCUAAUCAAAAAUUAGAUCCAUUUCUAGAAGAAGCUGAGAAAAUUAAAGCUUCUGAAAACGCAACAAAAACCAAAUACACACAAGAACGCAUUGAGUUACAAAGGAAAUUCCACGAACGAUUCGAAGAAUUAACAAAAAAUCAGACAACAGAGAUGAACAAUUUAACUUUAUCAUACUCGCUUGCUCGUGAAAGAGAGCAGAAAAGACCAGUUCAUGAAGCUGAAUUGAAAUACGAGCAAGCCAAGAGUUUUGGAACUGCUCAUAACUAUGAUUUGGCUAAGGCAGUUUAUCAAGACGGUGUACGAUUAGAAAAGAAAGCUAGGCAACGCCGACUUGAUCAGUGCGAAGAAAAUUUUUUGAAACAAAAAGAAAAACUCGAGGCCAAACAUAAGAAAGAGACAGAUUUACUAAUGGAAAAGCAGCGCAGUGCGCUUCAAGAAUUAGAGUUACGUGCUAGUAAAGAACAUACGAGAUUGAACCUCGUUGAAAAUGUUGCAAAAACAAAAUCAUCAUUAAAGAAGAGAGAUGUACCAAAAGUUUCUGGAGUCAUGUCACCAAAGAAGAGAUCUCAUUCAUCAGUUUCAACUAAAUCGCCAGAUUCAGCUCGGAGAUAUAAUUCUUACUCUCGUGGAAGUUUCUUAUAUUCAGCAACACCAUAUUAA